AUUUUAGUAGACAGAGUAAGAGAUGGGGUACUAUUGAACAAAUGUUCCAGGGCUGGACUUGAAGGUACAUCUAGAGUAAGGGGUGGGACUGAAAGCCUUGCUUGUUGACACUUAGGCAGGUCUUCGAACCAGAGUUUGAACCAUAGACUGUAUAUAAGAAGGUUUCAACCCUGGUCAUGCAGGUGAGCUUUUCUCUGCGACCAUCAAACUACUGUGCAGCCACGUAUUACACGUUAGAAUAUAAGUACUAUUAUUACUAUGUAGUUCUUCCAUUUUGUCCCCCUGCUGGCAGAGAACUUGUGUCAUUUCUGCUAUUGACCACAAGGUGCCGCUACUGUUCAAAAAAGAUGAGGCCAUCUCCCAUCGCUUUGGAAAGACAUGAUGGAAACGUGCUUUUUCUGUUAAAUAUUUAAUAAACCUAUCUUAGUCUCUCAACCACGGUUUAGUAUUGGAUAAUACAACCAGGGCACUGUUCUACUAAUUCCCACAUUUGCAUGUAAAGCGACUAAUAACGUGGGAGAGAAAUUAAGGGAUGCUGAGGGAGCUCACGUAACGUUAAAGGACAACAAAUAGCAGCCACUGUGUCUGCAAACAAACCUUUUGCGAAGUCUCCUUCAGAAACCUAUUUUCACAGGACUCAAAACACACAGGAUGUGAACGACGAGGCAGCCACAUGUGCACUGUCAAGAAGAGAAGAUGGCAUUGCUUGUGGUUUUUGCGCUCCUGUGCCUGUCCUGUUGGGUCUCUCUCUACUUCAUCUUGUGUAACGUUAACCGGUCCAGGAGCUACGAGUGGAACUGUCGCCUCGUCACCCUGGUGCACGGCAUCCUGGCAGUCUGCAUCACAGCAUACAUAGGCUAUGUGGAUGGACCCUGGCCUUUCACUCAUCCAGGUACUAAGAACACUCCUCUGCAGAUGAGUGCCAUGGUGGUGAGCCUGGGCUACUUCAUUUUUGAUAUGGCCUGGUGUGUGUACUUCCGCACAGAGGGACCCGUUAUGCUGGCCCACCACACCAUGAGCAUCCUGGGAAUCCUGUUGACCCUGUGGUUGGGGGAGUCUGGCAUCGAGGGCUGUGCGGUACUCUUUGGCAGUGAAAUCACCAACCCCCUCCUGCAGGCACGCUGGUUCCUCAAACAGACGGGACAUUACGGGACGCUGCUGGGGAACGUUGUGGACGUCCUGUUUGUGCUGCUGUUUGUGGUGAUGCGAAUCUUUGUGGGAGGCACAAUGCUGUACUGUGAGCUGAUCUCCCCAAGACCCAGAUUCUUUAUCAAGUGCGGGGGAGUGGCCAUGUACGCUCUGUCCUGGGUGUUUAUGGUGGACAUUGUUCGAUUUGCCAUUCGGAAGAGCAAGAGCUGGCACAAACAGCAGAGAGACCAACAAGAAACAGCGGCGGCUAAUUGUCAUGAAGGGAAGACGGACUGAUUGGUUUGUGCUUCUCUAAAGAAAAUUGAUUCACAUUAUGUCUGUGUUUUUCACUUUGGACUCACUAGGGACAGUAUAAUGAAAAUCCUCGUUUUGUAUGUUAAACUGCGAUUUUCAAAAAUAGAUACUUAAUCAAGUACCCUGUGAAAUCUCUGUGUCAGGUCCAAGACCUGUGCAUUUUGGGGGAAAAACUCAUUCUUUAUACAGUCAUCACAGACAAACUCAUGUCAUAUUACUGUGUAAAAUGUGCAUUUAACAUAUGUCACUGAAAACCAAAGCACUUCCUAUGAACACAUGAACAGAUGUUGCUUACAGUUGCAGUGAAAUGUGGCCUAUUCAUAUACGGUGGUGUUGCUCCGAAGGAAAGGAACAAAACAGUUUACACGGAAUGCCUGUGGUCCUUGUGAAACACUUAGUCAUAUCAUCAUUGGUUAGGAUGGGUUUCCUUGUAAUCCUGGGGUUUUCUUGGCGUUUGUUAAAAUGUGUGCAGAUGUGAAAGGUAUACUCAGGGAGAUGAAGUCGUACCAGAAAACUGGGGUGAAUUCCAGAGAAAUGUGUGUGUUUGGUUAUUUAAUCUCGUUUAUAGUAAUUCUUAUAAACCACCUGUCUGGAUUCCUGUUCCAGACUCUGCCCCAAAAAACAUUUAAUUUAUUUUACCUCGUCCAUGUAAGGGAAUACAUGGAGAGGAACCUUUCAAUUAGGUGGUUCCAAACUGGUGAUGGUAUUUUGAUAUUUAUGUAAAUUAAAAUACCUUUAUAUGUUUGGUGAAGUUGUGUCAGAAUGUGUACUUUAUAUAACAUUAUUAAGUAAUUGGAAAUGUCUGAUUUCACUGUACCAUCUGUGUGAACAUAGACAAAAUAUCCAUACUCAUAGCUCCCAAUUAAUUUAAUUGUGUAAUAUUUCAGUCUCACAUAGAUCUUCUCAAGCAAGACUGGACAAUUAAAUUAAAUUUAGUGGAAGCUAUCUGUACAGUGUGCUGAUCCUUUGUCUGACUUACAUGAGUUAAAUGUUUUCAAUCCAGCAUCUUUGAGCUGUACAUGCUCUAAACGCUGUUUGUGACAACCACAUGCUACUGUCAGGACCAACCAGGUAGCCUCUGACUUUGGACAGGAUGACAACCUGUGCGGGAAUAUGUUUUGUUUCUAGCCCUUAAAAUGUUAGAUCUCUACAUUUAGUCUUUAGGACAGUAGUCAUCAUUUCAAUAUAAUCAUAUCGGGUUAUCGUUUUACACAGUUCUGUUGUCCAAUUUAAUCAUUCAAAGCACUGACAACAAUAGCUAUUUCAUUGUUUUAUUUACAUGUGUGGAGUUUUAUGUGGGGGUUUUGCCUACAUUUGAUAAUGUAAUAUUAAUUUUCAGAAAAAAAAUAUUAAUGUUUAUAUUGUGAUAUUGAUUUCAGCCAUAUUGUCCUGACAGAUUGCGCAAGUGCAUCAUGGGAUGAAGGCAGGAGACUUGUUACGUGUGGAGAAUAUAAUGAUUCCACCCACUCCACGACUGGAUUUGUUCCAUGCCAAGAAAGUUAGCAAAUGACCAGCUUUAAUCUGUGGUUUUUGCUAUGUUUGAUUGCAUAGCACUUUGGUCAACUAUUGUUGUUUUUAAAAGUGCUUUAUGAAUACAUUUGUAUUGGAUUUGGACUGAAUUUGUGCUCAGACUUUAAAUCAGUGUCCUUAUAGUUAUGAAAUGAUUAUUAACAUAUCUUGUUUGUUAUUUUUGUGUAAAUGGAUUUCUGCAGUAAUGCGCUAAAACACCUUUCAUCCCUUUGUUUUUCUAUGUCUAUGUAAUUAAAAAAUUAUGUGCUGCUCUCAUACAAGGUCUGUUUACCUGACUGCCACAGUUAGGAAUCAUGUGAGCAUAACCAUUACAUCCAAGAAAGUAAAAAUCUAACUGGUGUGUGCCUUAGUUAUCUGAAUGUACUUUCCUAAUUUUUUUUUGUUUGUUUUGUUUUGCUGUAUUGUAAACCUUCCAACGUGAGUGUAGGAGUAAUAAACAACCAUUUUAAGUUUGUGUUGGAUGAUUUGUAAUCCCUGUGUGAAGUGAAAUAAAGAUAUGAUCGAUUGUU